UGACGUAACCGCCGUGACGUAACCGCCGUGACGUAACCGCCGUGACGCGAAGCGACCACAAUGGAGGCUCCGUAUGAUGGUACUGAAGUAACUGUGGUAAUGGAGGAAAUAGAGGGCACCUACACUUUCGCGUCUCCGGUGCCGUCUAAGAAGAAAAAGAAAUAUGGAAGUCCCGAAUAUCAUGGGGGAAGAGCCAAAAAACCUAGAUCCGCUUACCUCCUCUACUACUACGAUAUCUUCUUGAAAGUGCAGCAGGAUUUUCCUCACCUCCCUCCGUCUGAGAUUAACAAAAAGAUCAGCGAGAGAUGGAGGUUGCUCAGCGUGGCUGAGAAAAGCUAUUACUUGGAGAGGGCCAAACUAGAGAAGGAAGGAUUGGACCCGCAGAACUCCAAGGUGUCCACUCGGACUGCAGUAGUUCCAGACAUUCCAGGUUUCCGUAAAAUUCUUCCCCGCUCCGAUUAUAUUAUUAUACCCAAAACCACUCUUCAGGAGGACAGGAGCAGGCAGUCACUGGAACUUUGUGUGGCGCAGGGCCAGGCAGCGGCUGAGGGGUUGGCUGCUCCCAACAGCCUCACAAAUAUGUCUCACGAGGCCGUGCAGAACGUCCUGUCCGUGGACUCCAGCCACGUUGGCGUCUCCGAGCAGUGCGUUGCCAUAGAAGGCAUAGCAGAAGAGACGUCUUCGUUUGCUCCGUCGGAUGCUGUGGAAGAAGUGGUUGCGUCCGAGGUCCUCUCCCAGUAUGUGGGACCUGCGACAGAUAAAGUGGCGGGGGAUGUCCUCUUGGACGAGGCUUCUUUGGAAAUAGAAGGGCAACCGUAUCAAACAACUCGGGUAGUUAUUGAAGAGACCCUAGUGAGCAACUCUGGAGAUGUCUCCAAUGGGAGCAGCACCGUGGCCCGCCCUCAGGUUUCAGAUGGCCUCUCUGUGGUGACCGUGGUGACUGGGAGGGAUACUGAAGAGAACAGCUCCUCCACACCCACUACCCAAUUUAUUAUGUUACCUUUACCAGCUCAUUCUGUUGUGGAGAACCCAGCGUCGAUUAAACUGACAACAACCUACACUCGCAGGGGACAUGGAAAUUGCACGAAUCCUGGCUGCUCCUUCACUUAUGCCACCAGGCAUAAGCCACCAAAAUGCCCGACAUGUGGGAACUUCCUGGGAGGGAAGUGGAUCCCAAAGGAAAAGCAACCAAAAAGUAAAUCUGAGCCAAAUUCAGGUACCUCUCUUAGGACUCCAGCAGCUAAAAAAGGUCAACAGAUGGUUGUCACUGAGCAGGCGACCGUUAGUGAGAGUACUUCCAAAUCUGCCUUGGAAAGCUCUGAAGCUGUCAGCCAGCUAUUGAACGCGGUGCCUGUUGGAGGGCAAAUGCAGGAGACGGAGUGGGAGGAAGUGAUCAUCUCUGAGGCUCACUUUCUUGCAAACAAUGUGCUUGCUGAAGACAGAGGGAGUGUUGUUGGAGUGGUGCUGGGUCAAGAGAGCCAACUGCAAAGAGAUGCUUCUUCGGAGCACACAGAAAAGGAUUGUGUAGGGCUGGGGCUACCGACACCCUCUGAGGUGCAGAUUCCAAAUUCCUCUACGAAAAAAGCAAUGGGAACUGAUGCACCAGCUGCUUCACACAAAGGACAAGAAGUAAAAAGUAAACCGAGACCUAAGCCCUCCUUGCUGGCUGCAGCAAGACCCAUGAGAGCAAUUCUCCCUGCACCAGCCAGCCUGGGGAGAGAAGCCAGUACUGAGCAGCCUAGCAACAGACAAGCUUUUCCCAGCACAGACAAGCAAUCCCCUGUGAGAACAUCAGGCCUGAAGCCCAGUACACUGAAGCAAUUGGGUCAGUCGGUUCUGCAGCCGCCGAGUGCUGAGGAACGAAAGAUUAAUAGUGCUUUGGCCAACAAGGCAUCACAGGUUAAAGUGAUUGAGGUCAAACCAAAGCUGUUCCCUUCCUACAAGUACAGCUGCACUGUAACUUUGGAUUUAGGAUUGGCAACCUCCCGUGGCAGAGGGAAAUGCAGGAACCCCUCUUGCAGUUACGUCUAUACAAACAGGCACAAGCCACCAAUCUGCCCAAACUGUGGCUGCAAUCUUGCCAAAGAUAGAACUGAGAAAACAGCAAAAUCCCUGGAGGCCAGCCCGGGUCAGUCUGAUGUGCUGAACACCAGCGAGCCCCUAACCCCAUCCCAGAAAGAGAUCCAGCGUCAAUCCACUCUGCAGUUGCUGCGCAAGGUAAUGCAGAUCCCGGAGAAUGAAUCGGAACUGGCUGAGGUCUUCACGCUCAUCCACGAACUCAACAGCUCGCGACUCAUCCUGUCCAACGUGAGUGAGGAGACAGUCACCAUAGAGCAGACCUCCUGGUCAAACUACUAUGAGUCUCCAUCUACGCAGUGCCUCCUCUGUAACAGCCCAUUGUUCAAAGGGGGACAGAAUUCCCUUGCUGGUCCUCAGGAGUGCUGGCUGCUGACAGCUAACAGAUUGCAAGUGGUUACUGCUCAGGUCAAAGUGUGUUUGAAUCUGCAGUGCCUGGCCCUUCAUAGCUUCACGGAUAUUUACACAGGCCUUUUCAACGUGGGCAACAAGUUGCUAGUGAGCUUGGAUCUUCUGUUUGCAAUCCGAAACCACAUUAAACUUGGAGAGGAUCCCAAAGUGGCUGUUGGCAGCAUUCUGGACUCUGUUCAGGAGCAAACUGAAAAAGCCCUGAGCCCUGAGGAGCAGGCUCAGCUCCAGGAGCUGCUGUGCAAUGGCUACUGGGCUUUCGAGUGCCUCACUGUCCGCGACUACAAUGACAUGAUCUGUGGAAUCUGUGGCAUAACCCCCAAGGUGGAAAUAGCCCAGAGGAAUGUGGAAAAUGUCCUGGCCCUCAAAAGCAUAGAGUUUACUUGGCCUGAAUUCUUGGCAUCAAGCGAAGUGAAUGUAGAAGAUUUCUGGUCCACAAUGGAGACAGAAGUAAUUGAGCAGGUGGCUUUUCCUUCCAGCAUCCCCAUCACAAAGUUUGAUGCCUCCAUUGUGGCUCCUUUCUUCCCUCCACUGAUGCGAGGAGCAGUGGUGGUCAAUACUGAGAAGGAUAAGAACUUGGAUGCACAGCCAGUGCCAGGUAAUGGGAGCGCUUUGGUGAGGCUUCUUCAGGAGGAGACCUUCAGGCUUGAGCUUAUCGGCUCUUACAGCAAGGAAGAGCUGCAGAGCUUUCUGACACAGUGUGGCAUUCCCUGGGAGGCUUCAGAUACAAAGGACCACCUCUGCUACUGCCUCUUGGCUCUCUAUGACUUUGUGCUGAACGGGACAAGCGUGAAACAAACCUCUGCCCAUCACACAGGAGGGAAAGUUUAUAAAGUGUGUCCGCAUCAGGUUGUGUGUGGCUCAAAAUACAUAGUAAGAGGAGAAAAUGCCCGGGACCAUGUGGACCUGUUGGUCUCUUCACGUCACUGGCCUCCAGUGUAUGUAGUAGAUACGGCCUCUUCAGUGGCCUUGUGUGCAGACGUCUGCUGUCCUGACCUGACUUCCCAGAUGUGGGGGAAAAACCAGGGCUGCUUCUCUGACCCUAUGGAUCCUCCAACGUUGGUGUCCUGCCCUGAGCUGCUAGACCAGCACUACAGCGUAGACAUGACUGUGGCCGAGCACUCCGUUCAGCACCCGGUCACCAAGUCGUCGGCGCGCCGAAUCGUUCACAUGGCUUCAGAGCAGAACAACCACCAGGAUCCCACCGCUCGGCACCGCUGCAUCUCCCUCUGCCGAGAGCUGGAGCCUUACAGCUCUGUCAUUGCUGCCAUCGGCGACAGCAAAACCAGUAGCAUCCGCCAAAGGCCCAUCACCUUUGAGAACGCCACGCACUAUUACCUCUACAACCGCCUCGUGGACUUCCUCACCAGCAGGGAGAUCGUGAACCGGCAGAUCCAGGAGAUCGUGCAGAGCUGCCAGCCUGGCGAGGUGGUGAUUCGUGAUGCUCUCUACCGGCUUGGCGUGGCCCAGAUUAAAACUGAAACAGAAGAGGAUGAAGAGGAGAACCAGGAAGAAGAUAAAGAGCUUGCUGAAUAAAAAACAGUCUGUUGGUUUCUCUUUCUGGUCAUCUAGAUGAGUGGUCUGGGCCACCGUCUGCAAGGUUUGGGCAGCUGCUGGGCUUGAGAGUUUAUUUUGACAAGUUGGAGGUGUGAUACUGAUGGCUUGGACUGCUGUUACCGACCAAAGAGCUGUGUGCUUCCAGAGUAGCACGACUGCUGCUUUGAGCA